AUGGACCAAUUCGAUUCUCUUCUCACCGGUAUUGACCUCGAGCGUCAAACCGGUAUUUGCAACUUCUUCAAUAUACUACCCAUCGCCGCACCCACCCCUGCCAUGGCCAAACCCUCUGGGCGGGAAUUGAAGGCCGACCGUCGCGACUUUGCCCAUACUUCCGCCCUAGUCCUCAAGCCAUAG